UUCCAACCUCCCCAAGUUAUUUUAUAAUUGAACCUCCCUCAGUUAUCGAUGGAGUGGGGUUCCUUUAAAAUCUUCGGCUAUACAGCACUGAGGGUUCCACAGAGGCUCCUGGCGUCAUUGUCCAGUUUCCGAUGGCUGUAGUGAGAGCGGAGUGGCUCAAGCUUGAUCAAAAUGGAGCUGGUCCUGGAGCCAGAAGCUCACAUGCAAUUACUCUCGUAGGUGACAAGGCCUAUGCAUUUGGUGGCGAAUUCACUCCUCGUGUCCCCGUCGACAACAACCUUUACGUCUUCGAUCUCCAGACCCAGACAUGGUCCAUCCCCGUAGUCACCGGCGAUAUUCCUCCACCGAGGGUUGGUGUCACAAUGGCCGCUGUCGGCAAAACUAUCUAUGUGUUUGGUGGCAGGGACGCUACACACAAAGAGCUGAACGAGCUCUACUCUUUUGACACAUUUUCAAACAAGUGGACUCUACUAUCUGCUAGCGACAUCGGCCCUCCUCACCGGAGCUACCAUUCAACCACCUCCGAUGAUCGACACGUGUAUAUCUUUGGUGGAUGUGGUGUUUCGGGUCGAUUAAAUGAUCUAUGGGCCUAUGAUGUGGUGGAAGAAAAAUGGAUCAAGCAUCCAACAGCAGGAGAAAACUGCAAGGGAAGAGGUGGGCCGGGGCUGGUCGUAGCCCAAGGAAAAAUAUGGGUUGUUUAUGGGUUCGCCGGAAGAGAGACGGAUGAUAUUCAUUGCUUUGAUCCGGCGGAGGGGAAGUGGGAGCAAGUGGAGAUAAGUAGGGAGAAACCAACGGCGAGAAGUGUAUUUUCAACAGUUGGGAUUGGAAAAUAUAUAAUAAUAUAUGGUGGGGAAGUGGACCCCAGUGACUUGGGACACCUGGGCGCCGGGAAGUUCACCGGCGAGGUGUGGGCGCUGGACACGGAGGCUUUAAGGUGGCAGAGGAUAGAUGAUGCGGUGGGAGAAGCGAACCAUCCAGGGGCAAGAGGGUGGUGUGCAUUUGGUUCGGGUAGGUUGAAUGGAAAAGAGGGGCUUUUGGUGCUCGGAGGAAACUCUCCGAGCAAUGACCGGCUGGAUGAUAUUUUCUUCCUCAGUUGUCGCCUAGAUGCAAAUUAAAAGAACUAAAGGAGUAUUUUGGUAAUUAUCUGUGUGUGCUUUUUUUAAUUUUUUAUUUGGUAAUGUGAGGUUUGUUAAGAGUAUGUGAUCUCCCUGUUUUAUUAACAGGGGAGUGUUUGUCUGCAAGUGAAUAAUAAAUUAUAUUGUAAAAAUGAAAUGACAUUGAGUUUUUUUUUUUUAAGGUAA